AUGCUCCCCCACGAUAGUUUGGGGAGCGUCAUCCCUCCUCCUUCACCUCCUUUGGAGGACUCUCGCGGUGGCCAGCGCAAUCUGAUUGAGCGGCUGUUGAACUACCGCGACGUGAACGGACGUCGGACGAGUUACCUCGUCCGGUGGCGUGGCUAUCCCCCGUCAUGGGAUACUUGGGAGCCCCGCUUUCAAUUGACGUACUGGGUCUAG